UUGAAGGCAUUUUUAGUACUUUCACAGAAACCCAAGAAUGCUUCUUUCUUUUUCAUUGGUCUGAAGGGUAUACAAGUAUCAUAUUAUUUUUCAGUGGUGGUUGCACUCCAGAUUUGCUCUCUUGCAUGUUGUCUGAUUCAGUCCACUUUGACCCAAACCCCUCCUCCCCCACCCCGAACCACCAUCCCGCCUCCAGAAGCUGGUCGGUCUCCUGUCGAUGUUCUGGCUUCUUCUUGUGCCGCCCAUCGUGUCCCAUCUAGCACUCAUCUCCAAGUGCCUUGUCCUGCUCAACCCUUGUGUCGUGUUCUGCACAGAUCUUGUGUGUAUGCUAUGUACAUAGUGUGGACACGUCUCCCUGCUCCUACUAUCUCCACUUCUUCACAUCUGCAUUGUCUCUCUUUUGCGACCUGGAUUCAACCCUCCCUCCCCUUUGAUUUGUUUAGUAUGGGCUUGACCUUUUUUAUACCCCAGGAAGGAAAUAUUAAUGACAUGGUAUGUAAGCUGUAGACAUCUGUGGUGAAAAAUGAUGGUCAUUCCCUCACAUUGCGGAUUUUUGGUUCUUUAAAUUGUACAUUUAAUACCAUAGACUUAAUCUUGUAAAUCUGUCCAUCAUGGUUCAAAUAAUCCACAGAUUAAUUAUUCAAGACGGACUCUCCUCAGAGAGGUGGAUGUAGACAACCAGUUUCACUGUUUAUUUGUAUGAUAUUAUCCUGCAUCUUGUUCCUUUUAUGCAUCCCUCUGUUGUAUUGCACCACCUGUUUUUUUUUUGCCAUCUUCUUUUUACAUGUGUUACAUCCAUCCAUCUGCAAUCUGUUCUGCAAAUGUGACUAUAACCAAUAUCCUCCCCUUUGAAAGAAACAUUGUUUGAAAAGCUUUAUUUGACUUUCUUACACUUAGUAUCAAGAUGCAAAGAUAUAAUAAAGGUUUUAAUGUGUUCACUAUAAAAUCAAUUAUUCUGUAUUUGGUCAGAAAAAGAUAAAUUGUACAGCCACAGUACAGUGACAUACAUGGUCACAAGUGGUAAUUACAAGGAUCACCUACAUUUCCUACUUAAUUCAGUUAAAACAUUUUAAAUUUGCUAAGCAGGGAGUCUUAAAGGAGCACACUUGUCUGUUUUACAAGCAUUUUGCUUUAUUUUAGACUCCAUCCUUACCUUUAAAGUUCACCCAAAACAACUCACACACACAUUUUGUUCAGGCCGCACUCUGUCUGUAUGUAAAUAUGUAAGUCUGUCCUGCAAGAAUUAAUCCAUCCAUGUCCAGAAAAGGGUGAAGUGAACUGACAAUCACACCAAUGUCGCCCCACUACCAAGCAAAGACAUUGUUGUACUGUUAAUUAUAGUCCGAUUUAUUGUCCAAUACAGGGAUUCUCAAACUGUGGUACGUGCACGACUAUUAAUACGCCAAAAAUGUGAUUAAAUAUUUAAGUAGAGUAUUCUAUUGUCCUAUAUUUAAACACACUGUUACUGUUCAAACUGUGUGUAAUGCUAAAGUGGCCAAAAUAUUAAAUAUAUUUGUUAAAUAAAACUUCUGCCUUGUUUUUAAUUAAUACAAUGACCUAUUAUACUACAGAAAUUUAAUGUUGGUCAUUAUGGUGGUACUUGUACCAAGUAUUUUCUGAGGUGGUACUUGGUGAAAAAAGUUUAAUAAGCAUUGAUCCAAUUUAACAACAACUUCCAGCCCCACCAUAUACCUACUCUUAUAACUACCGUAUUUUUCGGAGUAUAAAUUGCACCGCAGUAUAAGUCGCACCGGCCGAAAAUGCAUAAUAAAGAAGGAAAAAAACAUAUAUAAGUCGCACUGGAGUAUAAAUCGCAUUUUCUGGGGAAAUGUAUUUGAUAAAACCCAACACCAAGAAUAGACAUUUGAAAGGCAAUUUAAAAUAAAUAAAGAAUAGUGAACAACAGGCUGAAUAAGUGUACGUUAUACGACGCAUAAAUAACCAACUGAGAACGUGCCUGGUAUAUUAACGUAACAUAUUAUGGUAAGAGUCAUUCAAAUAACUAUAACAUAUAGAACAUGCUAUACGUGUACCAAACAAUCUGUCACUCCUAAUCACUAAAUCCCAUGAAAUCUUAUACGUCUAGUCUCUUACGUGAAUGAGCUAAAUAAUAUUAUUUGAUAUUUUACGGUAGUGUGUUAAUAAUUUCACACAUAAGUCGCUCCUGAGUAUAAGUCGCACCCCCGGCCAAACUAUGAAAAAACUGCGACUUAUAGUCCGAAAAAUACGGUAGUUCUAAAGGCAUUGAACCGUUUGCAACUGGACUGCUUCAAACGUUUCCCCUCUCAAUCCGAGCAGGAUUCAUCAAUCGAUGAUCAAAGACUAGAUAGGGCAGCUCUAAUCUGAGAGGAUGGAUCCACAGUACUCAUUGAUUUACAAAGAAUGGCUUCCAGUUGGGGCAUGUUGCUCUACCUUGGAGGACAAACCCAUUGAACCCUGCAUCAUCCUCUCAGACUAGAGCUGUAAUGAUUCAAAGCCACAAUAAAAUUAUAUAUUAUAUAUAGGGAUGUCCGAUAAAGGCUUUUUGCCGAUAUCCGAUAUUCCGAUAUUGUCCGACUCUUUAAUUACCGAUACCGGUAUCAACCGAUACCGAUAUCAACCGAUAUAUACAGUCGUGGAAUUAACACAUUAUUAUGCCUAAUUUGGACAACCAGGUAUGGUGAAGAUAAAAGAUAAGAUAAAAAAUAAAAUAAAACAUUUUCUUGAAUAAAAAAGAAAGUAAAACAAUAUAAAACAGUUACAUUGAAACUAGUAAUUAAUUAAAAUUAGUAAAAUUAACUGUUAAAGGUUAGUACUAUUAGUGGACCAGCAGCACGCACAAUCAUGUGUGCUUACGGACUGUAUCCCUUGCAGACUGUAUUGAUAUAUAUUGACAUAUAAUGUAGGAACCAGACUAUUAAUAACAGAAAGAAACAACCCUUUUGUGUGAAUGUUUUUUGGGUUGGUGCAAUAAUUGUAAGUAUAUCUUGUGUUUUUUAUGUUGAUUUAAUAAAAAAAAACAAAAAAAACAAAACAAAAAAAACGACCCGAUACCGAUAAAAAAAAAAAACGAUACCGAUAAUUUCCGAUAUUACAUUUUAACGCAUUUAUCGGCCGAUAAUAUAUAAAUCGGACAUCUCUAAUUAUAUAUAUAUUAUAAUAUUUACAGGAAUACUUUAACCAGCAUGUUGAAACUAUAGACACUGUCAUAUUUACAUAGAAGCAACACUUCUAUUGCUUACUUCAAAGAAAACACCAUUAAUGAAAAACAUCUUCAAAUAUACAGUCAGGUGUGCUCCAAUUGAUUAAAUUGUACUAUAUGACUCCUCCUAUCAUCACCUUCUAUGUCAUUUGCGUAACUUAUUAUGUAGGAAAAUGUAUAACCCUAUCAUCACUCCCCUCACUAUAUAAUAUGUUAUCCAUCUAUCUACUUUUCAAUUUUUAUUUCAGUUUUCUGUACUUUUUCCAGAGGGUGAUUGUGCGUUAUCCCUUUCAGGUAUUUGGGAAACUAUGGGGGCCCUUUCGAGUACAACUCCACAACAUGCAAAGAGCUCAGGCAGGAGAUUAUGGACGUCAAAGUCUUGACAAUUCUCUCUGCCUGUCUGCCAGGGUCAAAACCUCUGAUCUGUUUGAGAGAUGGCGGAACCUGCAGGUGUGUAAGUGGGAGCAGAGCAAGGAGGAGACCAGCAACUUCAAGAUGUCUCUAUCUCGCUGCUGUAACGCUCCUUCCUUCCUGUUCACCACCAAGAAGAACACUCCUGCAGGGACCAAACUGCGGUACGAGGUGGACACCAGUGGCAUCCUUCCAAUCACCACUGAGGUCUUUAAGAUGUUCCCAGAUGAUAUGCCAUAUUCCAAAUCCCAGUACAAGAAAUGUGCUGUGAUCGGAAAUGGCGGCAUCAUUAAGAACACUAACUGCGGAAAGGAAAUCGAUUCAGCCGAUUUUGUGUUCAGAUGCAACAUACCGCCCAUCAGCGAAAAAUACUCAGCUGAUGUCGGCACUAAAACUGAUCUGGUGACAGUAAAUCCCAGCAUUAUCACAGAGAGAUUUCAGAAGCUGGAGAAAUGGCGACGGCCCUUUUUCGACGUGCUGCAGAACUACGAGAACUCCUCGGUGGUCCUUCCCGCGUUCUACAACCUGCGCAACACGGACAUGUCGUUCCGGGUCAAGUACAUGCUGGACGACUUUGACUCGCAGAGAGGCGCAUUCUUCUUCCACCCGCAGUACCUGCUCAACGUGCAGCGCUUCUGGGCGGUGCAGGGCGUGCGGGCCAAGCGGCUCAGCAGCGGCCUCAUGCUGGUCACCGCCGCCCUGGAGAUGUGCGAGGAAGUGCACCUCUACGGCUUCUGGGCCUUCCCCAUGAACCCGUUGGGCAUCUUCAUCACUCACCAUUACUACGACAACGUCAAGCCGCGCCCGGGCUUCCACGCCAUGCCGCAUGAAAUCUUCAACUUCAUUCACAUGCACGCCCGCGGUAUCGUGCACGUGCACACUGGGCCUUGCACGUGAUCGCUCACUUGUCAUUUUUUGUAGCAGGUUUUCGCAUAACUCGACCACUCGCUUUACCUGACAUUUCUCGAUGUGACGUUCUUCAUUUUAACCGAUUCAGACCCUUCUUGUCGGCUCUCUGACCACAGCAGGCUUGUUUUUAAUGUGCGACAACGUGGUCUUCCUAAUGGUGAUGUGUUCGUAGCGUUUUCUAGUGGCUCUGCUGUACAAAUUAGUUCUUUUUCUACUCGCUCUACGUGGUGAAACUGUGGAUAUCCGCCACUCUGCAGGCGUGGCAGCUUUCAAUGUCGAAGCCUGAAACUUGUUAAGGUGAUAUUUCAAAAAGCGCAUAAGAAUCCGCAAGCAAUUGUCUACUUUUGUAAUCUAUUUGAACAUUUUAAACGUAUAAAUUGGCCUAUUUCCAGUGGCCUUGUUCCUGUUUGGAAAUUCCCUCUCUGGUGUUUCUAGGCACGUGAAAAAAGGCAACAAUGGGAUUCCUUAAUCAUUUCUUUAUGUUUUUGUUUGGCGUGUCAUGUCCUUCGCCAUGCUGCCUUAUGAUAUCCACUCCCUCGAUCUGAUAUGCAAUACUCAUCAAUAAUGGAAAACUAAACAUACGUUUAGUCUUGGAGUCGCUUUAAGAAUCCACUCACAACUUCUACUUCUCAUAAAACUCCAUAAUCACAUGUCGCUCUGCACGAUGUACUCUUAGCUUUACGUGUGCCUGCUCCAGUGAUCACUGAAUUAAGUUUGCACUCACAAAAAUCAGUUUUUUCUUAACAAGAUUGUUCAAAAGAAAUGUAGUCAAUGGUUACAACUGGUAAUCCAUUUAAUAUAUAUCAGGGGUCCUCAAUUACAUUUGUCCAUGGGCCAUAAUUUUCUCAGCAGUCACUGUAAGGCCCAGUGUUGAUAUAAAUAUGAUAUAGAUAUUUAAACCCACAUGGUUCAGAACCCAAAUGUCAGUAUCCAUUGAGCUAUCCAGUCACUCUCAAUGAGUCUCCUUUGGCGUGCAAAUUAGCAAAAUUUCACUAACAAGUUCUUUUUAUGAAUUUUGUGCUCUUGAAAGUGAAUCUAGCACUCAUUUCCCAUAAUAUCAAUUAGUUUUUUGGGUCAUCCGUACUUCAAAAGCCAGACUCAAUAUGCCUCCCCCUACUGGUGAGCAACAUCUGCAGAACUGGAGCCCAUUUCCCCGCAUGGACAAUAUGGAUUAAGGCAUCUUUUUGUUGCUAUGGUUCAUUAUUUCUUAAAAACUGAACAGGAUGACUUAAAAAGAUAUGUAAAAGACUAACAAUUUUCGGCACCAAUAGCCUGUGAUUCCUCACGCUCUUUCGACAUUUCCCGAAGCAUCUUUAGGAAAACAUCAGUAGAAGAGGAUACAAAAUAGAAUACUAGCGCCUUACCUUUACUUUCUCUCUCUUUUAAGCGCCGGGUCUGCACGUCUUUCUCUGUUUUUUGCAGGUUAUGACUCAGUCUUUCUCCCCCCUAAGGUGCUCCUGAUUUUCACAUUUGGCUUGCAUCUUAUACAUGUUUUCAAAGUCAGAAUCAUUAAAAUGGUCACUGCAAAUCAAUUACACUCUUCUCACUUGGUCCGUCCCAUAUUAUGCGAGUCAAUUUGACAGGUUAGGUCCAUACGUUCCUCAUAUUCCCAUUAUUUGGGAAUGUAUGCAGGAUGACCCCUUCUUUAGUUGUGUUUCUAAAACCUGCAACAAUGCACCUGGCAGACAUAUUUGAUCAUUCCUUCAAAUUUUGCACGAAAAUAACGUGAUUCGGGAUGAAGAUGCGACCAAAACAACGUGCUAUGCAAUAUGAAAUUGCCUCCAUUCUUCUGUAUGUGAUUAGAGCAGGCUGAUGCAGGCAAAAACCCAAAUUCACUAUUUUGGGGGGAAUUUUACCUGGAGACAUCAUUUUGUCCAGAACUAUGAAAUACCUUUUAAUGACCAGUUUUUGCCCUAAAACUGUAUGGUUUUGGAUGAUGUUUGAUGGACCUAUUGAGGACCCCAGGUAUCUAAUGAUGACGGUGGCUGCCACUUUGCAAGGUGCUAUUGAACACCAUCACUGCCGCAGUGUUAAUUCACCUUUGCUCGACCAUGAACAUUCAGGUUGCACUCUCAAAUGCUACUAACUGUUUCUUUUGGACAAUUAAAUUGUAAUUUAUCAGACAUUUGCUUUGUCAUGGACUGAUGGACUCCAGGCUUUUUAUGGCACCAAAGAUUUUGUUUGUGGCCCCAUUUUGGUCUUUAAUAUUACAAGGGUUUGGUUUGAAUAAUUGCUUAUCAAAUUCGAUACAAAUAUGUUAUUGGGAAAAUAUGAAUAGUGUGCAUUUGAAUGGACUACUACAUGAAUGGUAAGAGCCUUUGUGAUCGUGUGGCCUCCCCUAGUGGUUGUGGCUCUAAACAGACACACAGAAGAGUGUUAAUCCUGACUGAUGUCUAUAAUAAUGUAUACUUUGCAUUGAAAUUAAUAUAGCUGAACACCACCAAAUGUUGACUCCGCCACUUAACUGUUGUCAGGAAUUGUUAGAAGAAAAAACAAUGGGACCAGUCUGUCAAUAAAGGUAAUAUAUCAGUGCUUAUUAACUUUCAACUGCUCUGUAUAAUAAUGUGUUUGUAAAUAAACCUGUUUGGAUUCUU